CAGUUGUCAAUUUUUUUAUUCCGGCAAGGCGGUGCGGACGCUCGACUUUCCGCAAUAUUUCAAGUUAUUUAAAAGUGUUUUGAAGUUUAACGCUGUUGCUUAAUUUAUGAAUACAGGUUUGAACCUACAACAGUUGGGCUUUUUGCAUGAUUUGUGGAAAAUAAUUGUAAAAUCUAGAUCGAGUUGCCAAUCUGUUUUUUAAUACCAGAAACAUUUUUUUUUCGAUGCUCGGGUGGCAAAGCGUUGAAAAAAGGUAUACUGUGAAGGUAGUGGCGGUUUCGAGAAGAUUGUCACUCAAAGAAGUGAGAUCGUUCGGGAUAUCAAUUGAAUUUGGAAGAUGAGAAAAACGCGGCAAGCCGCAGAAUUUUCAGAACUUAAGGAUCUGGUGCAUCAGCUUCGUAUAUCUGAUUUACAGCAGCUGCUUGGCGAACAUAACAUCAGCCGAAGUGGGCGAAGAAGUGAACUUAUUGAACGCGUUUUGAUACUGGUUCGUCAGAAUAUCUCAGUGCUGAAGUAUAAAGUACGCGAUCUUCACAAGAAAGUUCAAGAAGAAACCGAAUCAUUAGCAAAAGAAGCUGAGAUCCCCAGUGCAUUAAAGGCACCAGUUGAUAAUCCUCUAUUUACUUCACCACCGUUGGUCAGCAACCCAAUCGUAAACCCCCCCUUGCAGAUCGUUCCACGCGCAGCUUCCAGCAUGUAUCAGCAGCAAUACGCCAACGCCGUACAGAAUGACAACCGCGGAGCACAAGUACAUGCUAACGGUAUCGUUCCAAUUCCUUACCCGGAGACAACACCCAAUCCGGGCUACCCAAUACACCCGGAUGUUAAAUUGAAAAAACUGGCGUUUUUUGAUGUACUUGCCACGUUAUUGAAACCUGCUACACUCGUACCAAGCAACACAACACAACGAGUUCAGGAAGGUUCUUUCUUUUUUCAUUUAACUCCCCAACAAGCAACUGACAUCGCCACCAACAGGGACAUUCGUAACGCUAACAAAAUUGAACACACAAUUCAGGUGCAGUUACGAUUUUGUUUGUUGGAGACGUCGUGUGAACAGGAAGAUUAUUUCCCUCCGAAUAUUGCAGUCAAAGUGAACAACAAAUUGUGUCCACUUCCGAAUCCCAUUCCAACUAAUAAACCAGGAGUUGAGCCAAAACGCCCUCCUCGCCCAGUUAAUAUAACGCCAAAUGUAAAACUUUCACCUCUUGUUGCAAAUCACAUUGCGGUCUCUUGGUGCACGGAAUACAAUCGGGGUUAUGCUGCAGCCUGUUAUUUGGUACGCAAGCUGACGUCCACUCAAUUGUUGCAACGUAUGAAGACCAAAGGUGUAAAACCAGCAGAUUACACAAGGGCGUUGAUCAAGGAAAAACUAAAUGAGGAUGCAGACUGCGAAAUUGCAACGACUAUGUUGAAAGUUUCUUUAAUUUGUCCUCUUGGCAAAAUGCGCAUGGCGACUCCGUGUAGAUCCUCCACAUGCUCACAUCUACAAUGCUUCGAUGCAUCACUUUACUUACAAAUGAACGAACGUAAGCCAACCUGGAACUGUCCAGUUUGCGACAAGGCUGCCAUCUACGACAAUCUUGUUAUCGACGGUUACUUCCAAGAAGUUCUAGCGUCGAACAAACUGUCCUGCGAUGAUAAUGAAAUUCAACUACACAAAGAUGGAUCAUGGAGUACACAUGUGAAAACAAAUGAUACAUGUGCGAUUGAUACACCGAGUAAACCAGUGCAGAAAGUAGAAGUUAUUUCCGAUGAUAUUGAACUUAUAUCGACUGAUCCUCCAAAGUCAAGCAUCAGCCAGGCCAGUGUGAUAUCGAGUAGCGAACCCUCCUCGACAACGGCACCAUCGAAUGAAACGGUCGAUUUAACAUUUAGCGAUUCUGAUGACGAAGAUCUGCCCUUAAAGCGUAAGACCGUAACGCGCUCAACCGGCCACGGUAAUGCGAGUGGGAACACCACUAAUGCCACCAUCACUAGUACUUCAAGCACAUCUGCAACCUCAGUUGCUGCAAUCGUGUCGAAACCAAAAAUUAAUGAAGAAAUCGUCGAGAGAGAGAACGUUGUUAUCAACGAAGAGCUAAUGGAUAGUGAAACAAAUUAAAACAUAGUAAUAGGAGAAAAAAAAAUUAUUGUUGUUACCAACAUUAUCAUUUGGUGAUCAUAUAUCAAAUCGAGGAGGCAAAAUGUUUUUGGGUCACAGUGCGUUUUGUUUUACUGCUCUGUUCAAAUCUUACUAAUUAACUAACAUUUUACAAAAAAAAACUAAAAAGUUUACGCAUCGUUUAUGGUUCAAUUCAUAGCAGCUAGAAAUCAAUUGUGUUGUCACUGUUUUGCAUAAAAUAUGGUUUAAAGAAAGUAUAGGUUCAUACAUAAAUUUUAUUGCAAAGCAAUUUAUUUUUUUGAAUUUUUAUGAUUCAUUUUUGUGAAUCAAUCUCAACAAAGAAAUACGAUUUCAUGCUAUGCUAUUUAAAUUCAAAUAUUCCGUAAAUUAUUAAUAAAACAAAUUCAAAAUUUUUCAUCAAUGAAGCCAUUUCAGUUGAGUAACAAUCAUAACAUGUAAUAUUUUAUUUCUUGUGCAUAUCUUGGCAUUUUUGUUAAGGAUAGCUCUGCAGUAAGUAAAGACAAUGCGGAAAUUUUCGGCAAUAUCAUUACCGUACCAUUGAUCGCUUUUUAGACGCGCAGAGAUGCCUUGCCCAACAGCUGCUAAAACGACGUAAGAUUCUAAAUUCGCACAUCAACUCGAAUACCUUAUUACUAGAUUGAAACUUGUCGCGGAGGAAAUCGUGUAGUUCAUCCUUGGUUUGACAUUACAUCUUAUACCCACCCAUCAUUUUCAAUUUUCUUGCUUGAUUAGUUUGGUUUACUAUCAUUCAGCAAGUGAAAUGAGUGUAGACUAGCUGAUCUUAAUGUUGAAUUUAUAUUCGCCCGAAAAGGUGAUAGCUCAAAAUGGAAGAAUAUCAGCUAUCAACUGGUCACUUGAAACAGAAUUUCUUCUACUACAUUCAACUUUUACCAUAUUUGAAAUAUAUGACAAUACGCAAGAAUUAUGGCAAAAAUUAAAUUCAAAUGAUAACGUAAAGGAUGCUGCGAUGCAAACUGUAAACUCGUUCUUCUCGAAUUCAACGCAAUGACACUUAGUUCGGUCUGACUUCACUGCAAAUGUUCAGCUCUGGUGGUGAAUUAUUGUUCUGCUGCCGCUUACGUGGGUUUCCUUGGUCCAAUUAUCGCUGCUCACGGGAUCGUCAGAGCGAAUUUCUGAACCCGUAGAUCGAAUGAAUGACCUAUAGCUUACUUUUCGCUAAUUCCGGCAGUCGCGCUAAUGCACUGAGUGCACGCUGCUCUGAAAAUCUAGUGAAAUCAUCUUAGGGCACCAGCGGCUGCUCGUGGGUCAUAAGCGCGACUUCCGGAUGGUUAAUCGGAGUGCGUUGAGGCAAAACAGGUUGAUACUUACUUACUACCGAGUUUGAUGUGACCUCGACGAGACGCAGCAUCAAACUGACUGGGUAGGGUGGCCGAAGAAUUAUUACUUCUGGUCUAAGAUUGCCAUUACAAUUAGUAUUGUUUUUGUCUAUAUUACUACUAUAGUCGUGUAUAAUAUUGUACACUUUCAAAUGUUUUCUUACUUUACAUUGGUCCUAGUGUGUAUCCCUGCCAGAUCGUGCUUCUCUGCUUUAUCUCGGUGGUUAGUGGUUCGCGGGAUUUUGAUGCCGUAGCACAUCUUCUACGUAUCUUCAUCAAAGUUUAUUGACCAUUUUCUACUGGUAUUCUUCUUCUUGUCUUCAUGUCGUUUUGAUUUUUCGCUUCCGCGUAGCUUGAUAUUUGGUUUGUCUUGUAUAGUUACUGUUUGUUUUAUUUACUCUUAUUUAUAUUCGGAAUUCGACGUUACCCUCCUUGGGAUAUUUGAAAUACUGUUUCAUUCAUUCAUUUAGGCAGGUCACAUUUUCGACUCAAUUGCUCAAUUUUACCUCUAAUAGAACGCCACCAUUUCGACACCGAUGGCUAGAUGUUAUUUCGAGUUAUUUCGAGCAACCGUGUAAAAAAAGUCCGUGCUAUUUUGAGAAGGCGUGCAAAAAACCGUGUUAUUUCGAAAAUCCGUGCAAAAAAUCUGUGCUAUUUCGAGAAACCGUGCAAAAAAAAAUCAGAAAGAUUUUUUUUAACAGGUACAUAUUUGGUUAUGGUAUUUGAUCAUGAAUACUGUUGGAUAUUUUCAAUGUACAAAGGGGUCGUCAAUGUGCCAAGUAGAUAUUUUUGUUAUAAAAAUAUAAGUUUUUUUUAUUCUGUUCCUUAGUUACGUCCGUUGAAAAUAGUCAAAAUGGUAAAAUAUUUCAACUAUUUGGAGUUUGUCAGCUUUUUCUAGAUUACUACAGUGACUUUGAACUUUUAAAAUGCACCAGCAUAGCAAAUGCGAUACAAAACAUGUUGUAUGCACACAAAAUCUUGAAGCAAAAAAAAUUGUUUUUGGGAACUUCGACACAAAAAAUUUGCUAUGUUGUCAUUUUUAGCCAAUGUUCGAAUUUGUAACAGAAGAAAACUAUACCUUUCGAACAGUAUACUGUCAUAUACAGUUUUGUAAAAAAUAUUGUGCGAUUGUGGGACAACAAUACCAAAAUUAUAAUUUGUUGCGAUUUUUUCGUGUAAAUGGUUAUCUUCUCAUUAAAAGCACCUUCAUGAAAAGCCAAAAAAAAAUCACUUUGAUACAAAGACAUUAGAAAUGUUAAAAAUUCUCGAUUUUUAUCUAUUGAUUGGUUUUUACUUAAUUCACUCUCUUUCCUGAAAAGUAGCAGUAUUUACUGUUUUGCAAUAUUGACAGACACUUCUUUGAACAGAGAAAGGACAAAAAUCGAAAACGGAAAAAAGCAGUUUUUUCCACACCGUGUGUUAGAUCUUCAAAAAAAUCAAUCAGCAUUACUGUAACAACAUUAAGUUGAUUGAUUUUCAUGAAGAUCUAACACACGUUGUGGAAAAAAACUACUUUUUUCGUUUUAGAUUUUUGCCCAUUCUCUGUCCAACGCUAAGGGGUUUGAAGCAAAUGGAAUUAACGUUUGGAUUCUUAUCAGUUUACAAUCGCCCUCUUGCAGGCAGAUUAUUUGAAGCCAUCUGUCUGACAAUCCUCUGCAGUGCACUUCGGUCUCUGCAUGCAGUAUUGCAAAU